AUGUCUGAUUGCGGAGGUGGAAGCAAUGGUAGUGAAAGUAAAAAUUCCAUGGCACUGGCAGCAGAUUUAUCGCCCAAGAUUUGUGACUUGGUCAAGAGUCUUAAGGAAUCAAUUGUUUACAAUACUUUACAUGGAUCAACAACGUUGGUCAAAAGCAAAGAAUUGAUGGAUCCAACUACUAGUAGUAGUACUACCUCAUCGCCACAAACCAAAAUUGAUACAGGAUCGCUGUCACUGUCGCUAGACGACAUUGAGCGCGGGGUAUGUAACAGCGUCCUAGCACGGCUGGUAGAAUCAGAACACAUUGUGAAUUCCAGUGACCUACUCACAUUAUCAGAUCGGUUUGACAAGAAACUGGCGGAAGCGGCCAAGAACCGAGUGACGGCGGAUGAUAUUGUGAUGGUAGAUGAGCGGGUUACGGAACUGUCAAAAGUUGUUUUACAAACCAUGAACUUGUCGCGGUCGUGCGAGUCACAAAUGCAAGUUAUGGCCAAACGACUGAAAAGCUUGGAGAAACAGGGAAUCCAGAAGGAAAAAUCAGCAAGCGAUGAGUUGGAGCAGGAAUUUGCACAGCGCGAAGUGUCGAGACGUUUAGGAGCACUUGAGAGUGAGUUGAGGGAGCUUGCAGCAAAGAUUAGUGCGGCUGGAACUGUGGUGAAUGAGGGGGCCGAGUAUGAGGAGGAGGAGAAAAAGUUGAAAAAAAUGAUGGUACAACAAGAAGUUGGGAGCUGUUGUUUGAAAAAUUUUAAUGAAAGAAUGGCAGAGCUUGAUGGUUCAUUGUUGACUUUACGGGAAAAUGUGGACAAGCUAUGGAAACACCAUGAGGAGGAUAUUGCAAAGUUGAUGAGAGGAUAUCAGCAACAACAGCCUUUGAGAAACAAGAACAGUUUACCGUUGCCAAAUGAAGAAAUUUAUAAUGAGCUGAUGAAGGCGUGUGAUGCCGAUAAUUUGGGAGACGACCUGCAGCAAAAGUCAGUUCAUGGGAAUUCCUACCAGAUGUGGAUAGUUAUGCUUUGGCGACGGAUUGGGGAGCUAGAGUCUGAGGUGCGUAACAUGAGCUUGCGAGGGCUUGGAUCUGGGUCUUCUUCAGUUUCGAUGACGGAGGGCGGAUACGAAACUUUCCAUACUGCUCGGUGUUUAGAGACUGGGAGUUUCCAGAGUGGUUGUGGUAGCGGAGGAAGUAGUUGCAGCCGCAAUGGUAGUAUUUUGAGCAGUAGUAAUAGUAAUAGUAAUAGUGGUGGAGGCCAUUGUUUGGAAAGCUUUAACACGCCACAAACGGAAUUUUCUGAGAAAAGUGGGCUCUCCAGUCCGAUUGGCAACAAUGAGAAAAAGACAAAAGUGGAUAAAGAGUUUGGAAAUACAUUAAGAUUAGCUCCCUCACGGCAGGCAAAAAAGAAUAUCCGGAUUCCCGGGGUUAGUGAAGGACAAGGAACUAGAAAUGGGUCAUUUUCAGGGUCAUUAACAGACUUUGAGGAUGAAUUUUUGUCAGUGUACGAGUUUCCAUCUCCAUUAGAAAUUGGGAAAGUAGUAGGUGUGACUUUACAAAAUGAAGGAUAUAACAAAAUGAGCAAACACUCUACAGUAAAAAGUCCUGACCCGAAUAAAGAUGAGGGGAAUGAAGAUGACGAUGAAGAUGAAGAUGAAUAUGACGACGAAGACAAGGAAGAUUACGAAAAUCAGUGGAAAAGUUAUAAUGGCGGAAAAAUUAGUGCGUCUAUGCAGGGAGUCUUACGACUUGACGACAAGCUGAGGUGCUUGCGGUCGACGAUUGGGAGAAGUGGUGGGGCCGGGGUUGUGAUGGUUGGAGCACCCCGGGAAGUGACCAACAUUGGUGGGGUUACUGGAGUGAAUCAAUUUAAGGCUUAUACUGGGGAUGGAGAUGGAGAUGGAGAUGUGGAUGGAGGGAAAGAAGAGGAAGAGAAAGAGGAAGGGGAAGGGGAAGAAGAAGAUAAUUAUAAUAGCACAGCAACGGAAUAUGGAAGCAAUUAUACCAUAUUUAGUGCAGGGAACAAUGGAACAAGUAUUGGGGGAAGGAACUUUGCAAGUUACUUUGCAACUCCGAUGAAACGGCCGACCCCAGUUUAUGGGAAUGAAAAAGUGUUAGGGUUUUACAAGUAUGAAUUUUACAAGGAUUAUACUUCAACCAAUCCUUACCAGAAAAGUGUUACUACAAAAAUGACAAAUAAAUAUAGACAUAGGCUGAUGAGACCAUUUUUUAAAAAAAGUAGUGGUGUGAAUCAGUGA